CUUGGGGCAUCUCAUCCUCUGCCUUGGAAGCCAAAAAAUGGGAUGUGCACAGAUAUCCCUCCUCCUGGGUGGGUUUAUUCCAAAGAAGAGAUUGGGAGGGUUUGUUCCUGCAGUUCUCCUUUCCCAGGAUUUGAGUUUUGGUUGUUGGUGCCUCACUGGGGAUGUUGUCCCUCAGGUGGCACCUCCAUGGUCCCUGGAGCACCUUCAUUCAGCAUGUUUGGAUUCUGGACAUCCAAUCCCUGGGGGCUUUCCUCCAUGGGGUUUUAGGAUCUGCCCCUAAACCCAGGAUUUUCUGGGUGUCCCAGAAGCCUGAGGAGUCCCUUGGGCAGAGGCUGUGGAGCAGAGCAGGCUGUGCCACCCCAGCAAUGGCAGUGGCAGUGGUGCUUUGGGAGCUCUCAGACCGGAUUUGCAGCAGGAGUUGGGAAUGCCUCCCUCGAGGAGCUGUUCUGGUGUGUCCUGUGGGGUUUGGGACCCGGAGCCUCCGGGAUGUGCGUGCUGAUUUGGAUCCCAGCUUACUGCCAGUUCCCAUUCCCGAUGGGAUCUUCAGGCCUGUGUGAGGAGAGCAGGAGGAAUUUUGUUUCCCCCACUGGAAUUGGAGCCCCAUUCCAGCGUGAGUCUGCCUUUCCCGUGGGCUGAGCUCCACUGACGUGUCCCUGCCCUGUCCCGCAGCGGCUCUGACGGAAAGGCUCUGGAGACGCUUCCCGCGGCCGACGCCGGGACGGCCGCUGCCCCCCGAGGAGCCCGGAACAGCGCGGCCACGCACACGGACGGGCAUCAGAGAGUGGCCACUGCUGUCACAACUGCCACAGAAACGGCCACGAGAGACAGGAGCGACGAGGCCUUGCCCUGUGCCGAAGCCACGUUGAACGGCCCCGCUUGAUGCCGCCGCCGCCGCCCUGGGACGUGUGUGAGCCAGGCCAGGCUGCUCCCUGGUGAUGCAAUUUGUCAAUUCUUUAUUAUUUUUUUUUUCAUUUUAAUUUUAUUUUUUAAUAAAUGCUGCAUUGAUGAGAGCGAGCUGGCGUUCAGGACCAGACACGCAGAUCCAACAGCACCGAUCCGUUCGGAAAGACACUCGGCAUUGUCGAAAUGUAGCAUUGAGUUCAGUCCUCACGGGAAUGACGGGCUCUUCCCAAGCCUUCUGCCUGAUCUGAGUUGUCCCCUUCCCCGUGCCCCUGGUUUUUGUUUUGGAUUUGGGGUUCAGUGCUGUUUUCCCAGUGUUAUUGCACACAGUAUUCAGCUUCUCUUGGGAAGGUAGCAGGUCCAGCGGCGGCCGGGGCCAGCGCACAAAUCCCGCAGCCGUGUGACCAAAGUUCCUGAUGGAGCUGUCCUCGGGCAGCCUUUGCACCGCUUUGUAGAGCAAUAAAGCCUUACCAGAAACAUUUCACAGGAGAGGAGGAAUGCCAACACUUCGUGGGGGGAGCAGGGAGGGCUUGGAUUGGGUUGGCAGGGCCGAGGCCGGGGCUGUCCCCGGCCGGAGCCAGGGAGUGACGCUGAGGCCCAGCUGCCCAGGGAACGGGAUGUCCCUGCAUUCCAGCACUGCUCCGGGCCCUCCAUGGACACGUGGUGGAUCAGGGCAGGGGCUGGGCCGGGUCGGAGGUGGCCUCUCCUGCCGAUGGCCGUGCUGGCCCCCAGGGGACCCUGCCCACGGGGAGGUGACCAGGGUUUUGCUGGCUCUUUGGAGACUGAAUUAAUGUAUUUGCAAAUGAUGAUGGAAAUCCUUUUUCUGUUUGUUUUGUUCUGUUUUUAAAGUUUUUAAUGGAUGCAGGAACAGCAACACUUUUGCACUUUGUACCUGGUGAUGACAGCGUUGGGGGGGUGGUCAUGGGAGAGCCGUGGGGACAUCCGGAUCCCUCAGGGGGGAUGGGAGAGCAGGGCCAGGUGAGGGGAGCACCUGGAGCUGGGAUGUGGGAUGUGGGAUGUGGGAUGUGCCCAGGCUGGAGCCCCGCUCCCGGGAAUGCCAUGCUGGUGCCAGGCUCUGAGCUCACUGCCAGCCCAGCCUGGGGGGCACAUGAGGGGCACUGGGAGGGAGGGGUUGGGCCACCUGGGACAGCUGAGCUGGAACCCCCGGGAUGUGGAAUCCUGAGAAAUCCUCCCUUUGGAGCAAAGCCUGGAGCUUGGCACACAGGGAGCCAGACCGCUGCUUUGGGAUGCAUUCCCGAGGGUGGGAAGCACCUCCCAUCCCCAGCAGGGCAGCCUGGCUGCCCAAAAUCCCCUCCUUGUGCUGUGGUGUCUGCUCGUGGGAUGUCCUCCCUGGGCUGGGAGGGCAGUGAGGGGAGCCAGGCGUUCCCACUGGGGCUGCCCCUGGUCCCUGUGUGCCAGGGGGUUCUGCCCAGGGAGCAGGGGCUGGGUCCCAGGAGCUGCUGCUGGAGGUGGCUGGCAUCCCGGAGGGCACUGGGGCUGUGGGCCACUCGUGUGCUGCUGGCAGGGCUGGGCUGUCCCCCAGCCCCCAUUCCUUGGGAAUCAGGUGGUGCAGGGCUCUUGUUCUGGAAGUUUUCACUCGCUGAAUUAAUAUUAAAUUAAUAAUUUAAAGUUAAUUGCACUGGGAGGGAAAAAAAAAAUCUCACUUUGUGCUUUGCUUCCCCUGCUUGGUGUUCAGGGAUCAAUCCCACUCCAGCCAGGACUCUCAGACAGGAUCAGUGGCUUUGAGGUCCUGACUGGAGACACAUUAAAGUCUUAAUUUUCCAAGGAUUGGUGCUAGAGUUCUGCUGUACAUCGGGCAUUCCUGGGCCCCAGAGCUGAUUCCACGGAAGCUGAAGGAUCCAUGUGCUGGUACAGCCUGGCUGGAUCCCGGGGGAUGGCAGGGUGCCCUUCCAGCCUGUUCCCCUGCCUGCCCCGGGGGCAGCUGUGCCCAGAUCCGUGUGGGAUCGGGGGGCGAGGGAAAUGUCCCACAGAUGGAUCAUCCUUCCAGCUCGGACCCUUCCCGUGGGAGCAGUGCUUUGGGUGGGGUGGGGUCACAGCAGGGUCCCCUCACGUGGCAUGAGGGACAGGACAGGGCCUCCACCCCCGAGCUGCUGAGCUUUGGGAGCAGUGGUUCCACCUGGGCAGGGAUGGGGCAGCAGUGACCCCACGGUGGCUCCCAGAGGUGGGGCUGGCUGUGCCUUCUGCUGCAAUUCCAGCCUGGCAUUCCUCAGCUUUGGCUUCGAGUCCCUGAGUGUCAGUGAGAGCUUUAUUAAUAAUAAUUAUAUUAAUAAUAAUGAUGAUUAUAAUAAUAUCCUUGGGCAUAUCCAGAUCUGAACACAGCUCAUUACUGGGGGCUCGUUAGUGGGUUAAUUUAUUACUUAGUGCUGAGACACAUCACUGGGGCUUGGUCAGACCUGUGGAGAUGCACAAAUUCCAUGGGUUUGGUGCCUGUGGAUGAUCCCUCCACGGCUGGGAUUGGGGCUCUCAGUUCAUUCCACCUCUCCACUCCCACCAGCCAGGGGCUGACCCAGACCCUGCUCCUGCUGCUUGGGCUGCCGGGGUUUGCAGCUCUGAGCAGAGCCAGAGCCAGCUCCUGGCCUGGCUCCGGUGCUUUUGUGGGGAAACCAGGAGUGGGAAUCCUUCUGAGGCAGAGCUUCCCGUCCCUCCGGAGACACAGCGGGUGUGGAGGGCUUGGGGUGUCCCACCUGGGGUUUCCUUCUCCCUGUGCUCCGGGGAAGGGUUUCUAGGGCUGGAGCAGCAUCUCUUGGCUUCUGAGGAUGGAAUUCCCUGUGUCCCCUGAUCCCCUGGCCCUGCUGGGCUCCGUGUCCAAGUGAUGAAGGCUCCCCCCAAGUCCUGCUCCACGCUUCCCUGCUGCCUCAUGCCUGGAAUCUCCCAUAUGCACAGGGUGGGGCUGGACACGGAUCUGUGUCAUUCCAGGGACAUUCAUCCACACACACUUGGAUCUCGUGAGAACCCUGGGAGGGGGGCACUGGGAGCACGAGGAGCUGGCUUUUUAUCUCCAGGGUCAAGAGCAAAAGCAGCAAGGCCAGGUUCCUGGGGGAUGGUUCUGGAAUGUUCCGUGCAGUGGCUCUGCCUGCCUGGGCAUUGAUCCAGGGAUCCGGUGAUCCCGCUGUGCCAACUGCUCCACGCUGGGAUGGGAGGGGAGGGGAGUGGGCUCCUGGGCACAGUUAGAGCUAAACUCAUCCCUUUGGCCAGUCCCAGGUAAUUCCUGGAUGGUGGCACGCCUGUCCCUGGGGGGAUGUGGGAUGAUGGAAGAAUCCCAUUGUGGGGAUGGGAAAGCCCCGUGGUGUUGGGAGCGUCCCCAUCCCUGUCACAUCGGGUGCCCCUUCCCAGGCAUGUCUCCUGUGGGGGCACCUGGGUGCAGAGCUGGAGGGCUGGGAAUCCCAAACCCCAGCGUGUGUGGAGCUGUGAUCCCACGGCAGAUGGAGCAGGGUGCUGGGAUUGAGCAUUCCUGGGGCUCAGGCUGGGGGGCUUCCGUACCCCCUCAGUCCAGGGGCAUCCAGAGGCGUGUCCAGAGUUCCCUGCGUGUCCCGGGGGAGUCCUCUUCCCACUGCACCCUGCACCCUGGAAGGGCAGCCAGCAGGGAAUAUUCUGGUCAUUCCCUCAGCAAUUCCACAGCCAAAAACUUCUCAAAAACAGAAUUCCCUCUCUUCUUGUGGCAGGCAAAAUCCCGGGUCUUUGUUGGGGUCCUGUGUCCUCAGCAAAGCCCAAGGGAAAUUCCCCAAGUGUCCCAAGGCUUUGCUGUCCCUGGGAUGGAAUCCCAAGGUUUCAUCAAGAAACUCUCUUUGGAGAGCUGCAGGUGGGCAGGGAAUGGAAACCCUGAGGGGCACAGAUUGGAAAAAAAAAAAAAAACCAAAAAAAAACAAAAAAAAAAACCAAAAAAAUCCCCCAAAAGCCCUGUGCUGCCCUCAGUGUCUGUUCCAAAGGGUUUGGGCAUCCCAGUUCCCAGACCUCCCAGUGAAAGGUCUGGAGUGGAGGUGCAGGGACAUUCCCAAAGAACAUAUCUGAAGGAAAUAUCAUUGGAAUUACUUUCUUGUUCUCCAGUGGCAUCCCAGAGUUACUUUUCCCACACUGGCCAGGGAACUGUCAUUAAAAUCCUGAUUUAUCAGUGGCAAUCCUUGGAGCACAUCCCUGUGCCAGCCUUGAAAUCCCAACCCCUCGGGGAUCCCUCUCAUCCUGAGGGGACCUUUCUGCCCCACUGGGUGGGCUGGGAAUUGAUCCAUUGGAAAAAACAGAAUUUAUUGGAAAAAACAGAAUUGAUCUAUCAGAAAAACUGGAGCGUGGUGCUUAGUGAAGAGCUCAAGGUGUAUCCUGGGUGUGUCCUGGGUGUAACUGGGGUGUAUCCUGGGUGUAUCCUGGGUGUAACUGGGGUGUGUCCAGUGUGUACCCAGGGGUGUAUCCUGGGUGUGUCCUGGGUGUAA